ACCUCCUCUCCUCCUACAAUACAACAAGAAGGACUCUUCACAGUUGGGAAGUAACAGAGUUUGGAAAUCUGUGCGGCACUUCGCCCUUUUUGGGGGUCACAGUGUUUAGUUUUUGGUAAUAUUCCUCUUGUUUGCUAAUAAAAUGGGGACUCACACCGGACUCAAUGUUUCCAGCCAUGAUGCACCUUACGGGGGGAAAAGUGUCUUUUCCCAAAUGGAGCACAACAUAGUGGCUGGAUAUCUUAUCACCGCAGGCGUCAUCAGUCUCCUGAGCAACAUUGUCGUUCUUCUCAUGUUCGUAAAGUUUAAGGAGCUUCGUACCGCCACCAACUUUAUUAUCAUCAACCUGGCUUUUACUGACAUUGGAGUGGCUGGCAUCGGUUAUCCCAUGUCCGCAGCUUCUGACAUCCAUGGAAGCUGGAAAUUUGGGUACACUGGUUGCCAGAUUUAUGCAGCCCUCAACAUCUUCUUCGGCAUGGCUAGCAUCGGGCUGCUGACUGUGGUGGCCAUAGACCGCUAUCUCACCAUAUGCCGACCGGACAUAGGGCAGAAGAUGACAGUGCGAUCAUACCAUCUCCUCACCCUGGCGGCAUGGCUUAAUGCUCUCUUCUGGUCCACCAUGCCUAUAGUGGGCUGGGCUGGCUACGCCCCAGACCCCACUGGAGCCACGUGCACCAUUAACUGGCGCCAGAAUGAUCUAUCCUUCAUUUCCUACACCAUGACAGUGAUUGCUGUGAACUUUGCCUUGCCUUUGUCCGUCAUGUUCUACUGCUACUACAACGUGUCCGUCACCGUGAGCAGAUGCAAAGCUAGCAACUCCCUCCAUAACGUCAACAUCGACUGGUCGGAUCAGAUGGAUGUCACCAAGAUGUCCAUCGUGAUGAUCGUGAUGUUCCUUGUGGCUUGGUCUCCAUACUCCAUGGUGUGCCUCUGGGCAUCUUUUGGGGACCCCAAGUCGAUUCCUGCACCCAUGGCUAUCAUCGCCCCUCUCUUUGCCAAGUCCUCCACCUUUUACAACCCCUGCAUUUACGUCAUCGCCAACAAAAAAUUCCGAAGAGCCAUCAUCGGGAUGAUCCGGUGCCAAACCAGACAGCAAAUCACCAUCAAUACUCAGGUUGCCAUGACCAUAUCUCAACAGCCUCUGACCCAGUGAGAUGAUGACCACCUUGGCAUCAUGUAUCUUCUCGUGACUCCAC